CCGUCCGCGCUUCCACUUCCGUCGGUGCAAGGCAAUCGUGUCGCUUCGUUUCGCCGUUUCGGUCGGAUUUCCUCGCGACUGAACGCUCCGAGACGAGUUGUCCCGCGAGGGACACGAGGAAGGAAGAGGAAGACGCGAAGAAGGAAGAACGUAAUCCAGAUUCGUUCGCCGAACGUGAGCUUGCUCGAGUGCGGAUUAAUCUUUUCGUCUCGUCGACGGUUUUUCCUCAACGUUCGUUCGAAGGAGCGACACGAUGACGGAUAAUCAGUAUUCCAAUUACCAGCAGCAAGGGUAUAAUCAGUACAGCCAGCCACCUCCCACAGCUGGUCAGGAUACGUCGUAUCCACCGCCAUCGACUGGUGGAAGUAACUACAAUCAGUACAGUCAGCCGCCUCCGAGCACUGGCACCAACUACGGAAGCUACAACUACAAUUCUAGCAGUGGUCAAGACUACAAUCAGUCACAGAGUCAGGGUGGCUACGGCAGCCAAAGCAGCUAUGGUGGAGGCGGCGGCAGUGGAGACAGUAGCAAUAACUAUGGUGGGAGCUAUGGAAACAGCGGAGGUGGCGGUGGAGGAUAUAAUCGCAACUCUGGUUCUUACGGCGGAGGCCAAGGCAGUGGCGGUGGAGGCGGUAGAUACGGGGACCGCGGCAGUUACGGAGAUCGCUCCGGCGGUGGUUACAACAGUGGCGGUGGCCGUGGUGGUUAUAACAAAGGGGGCUUCGGUGACCGUAGCAGCGGUGGCGGUGAAGGAAUGGUCACACAAGAGGAUACUAUUUUUGUAUCUGGUAUGGAUCCAUCGAUCUCCGAGGAAGAGAUUUGUCAGCACUUCGGAGCGAUUGGCGUUAUUAAACAAGACAAACGCACGGGUAAGCCAAAAAUUUGGAUGUAUAAAGAUAAGAACACGGGAAAACCAAAGGGCGAGGCGACAGUCACAUAUGACGAUCAGAACGCCGCGCGCUCAGCCAUCAGUUGGUUCGACGGUAAGGACUUCAAGGGUAGCACAAUAAAGGUGCAAAUAGCCCAGCACAAGAGCAACUGGCAGGGUAGUCGCAUGGGCGGCGGUCGCGGCGGCGGUGGUCGAGGCCGAGGUGGUAAUUUCGGCGGUCGUGGCGGAGGCAGCGAUCGCGAUGAUCACCAUCGCGGAGGUGGUGGCGACGAUCGUCGUGAUAGUGGCGGCCGUGGGGGUGACUGGAGGUGUCCCAAUCCCGAUUGCGGUAACACAAAUUUCGCAUGGCGGGAUCAGUGCAAUCUCUGCAAGAGCGCGAAGCCGGAAGGCCUCGGUGGUGGUUACAGCGGCGGCGGCGGCGGCGGUGGUGGCGGCAGAGGGGGUGGUGGCCGAGGUGGCGAUCGCGGUAGCCGAGGAGGUUUCAGGAACGAUCGAGGCGGACGUGGAGGUGACAGAGGUGGUAGAGGCGGCGGCGGUUUCCGCGGUGGUGACCGGGGUGGCCGCGGAGGAGGACGAGGUGGUCCUAUGAGGGGUGGCGGUCGGGGCGACAGAGACAGGGAUCGCCAGCGACCAUAUUAAUGUCAUAUUCCUUAAGAAAUAUCGAUGAUCGAGCCGUCGUCAUUACAGACAACUUGUACACAUAUUGUACACUGUUUCAGCGCUUGUACAUUUUGCAGAGUGGAAAACGUUCACUCUUUACUCUAUACAUGUGACAUAUAUUUCUUACUGUCUUUCUUUUCGCGUACUUUUUUUAUAUUCGCUUGUAUACGUCACUUAUAUAUGUUAUGUUCGUAAAAUUCAAAUAUCUAAAUAGACAACAACCGGUAAACCUUGA